AUGCCCAACCAGCCCACUUAUUUCGACUUCAUUAAUACUAAUAACCCUCCAAACCAACUGACCCCACAACAUCAAUCCCCGUCUAGACCCCCACAGAAUGCCGAUAUCAUCAACAAUUACAGAGCCAUCAAACAUCAAUCGGAUCAACUGCUACGAACCAUCGGUGCCAAUUUGAAGCUGGUGGUAUUUCUCAAUGAUAACCAUGGAGAAUCUCGUCAAAAGAUUGGCAAUGGAGGUGCGAACAAUAAUAAAAAUAAAAAUAAAAAUAAAAAUAAUAAAAAUAAUAAAAAUAACAAUAAUAAUACUUAUAAUGGCGAUGGAACCACCGCUGACAACAAUAAUGACGCCGACGAUUAUUCGCUGAUGGAAAACGAAUCAUUGGUGAAGAUCAAACAAGUCCAUCGAAACGAACGGAUUUUGAAACUUCAAUAUUCCAGGCUUGUGGAUAAAGAAUUCGCCAAAUUUCAUAGCAAGUUAUUGGGGUUUAGGAAUUUCAUCAAUGCCAAUUUCGCAAUUAAUAGCAAUGAUCUUGCAGGGAAUAAAAAUAGAGAGGUGAUGCUGCUGCUGGCGGCUGGGUUGAAGGAAACUGGGAAGUAUCGAAUGAAUGAGGAUAAUUCAAAGUUGGUGGUACGAUCAAUCAAGAACAAGAAUGAUAAGAUCAGUCAAAAGAUUGCCAAUAUCCAAUUUUUUGCGGAAAAGAUUGAUCAGAGGAUUCGAAUCCUUGAAAUGACAAAACGAAGUUUGAUUGAAAAUAGGCUGAAGUGA